UAAAACUCGGCUCGGAUUGCAUCGUUUGCAGCCGUAGGCCCCUAGCCCAAACCCUAUAUCCAUUUUACAUGAAAUUCUUCCACCAAAUAACAAAAACAUUUCCCGCUCCUUUUUUCUCUCACCAUUAACAGUUCCCGCCAACUCUCUCUCUCUCUCUCUCUCUCUCUCUCUCUGAGUUAGUGAAACCAUGAACUCAAGAGAUGUUACCUUGAUUUCAUCAGCUACUGUGAUCGGCGCUAUCGCAUCCGCCAUUGUUAUACGCUUCUUCUUCAACAACCCUAAGCAACACCGUCGUCAAUCUUCCUCCAAAUCUCCCAAUUCAAAUGCUAAACUUUCUUCUCAUUCUCCUUUCGAUCCUUCCAAGCGCCUAGGAUAUAUAUCUUGGGAUGACUAUUUUAUGGCCAUUGCUUUUCUCUCUUCUCAGCGCUCCAAAGAUCCUAAUCGUCAGGUUGGUGCUUGCUUGGUCAGCCAGAAUGGUGUAAUACUUGGCAUUGGCUAUAAUGGAUUUCCGCGAGGUUGUUCAGAUGACAAGCUUCCAUGGGCAAAGAAGUCGAAAAAUGAAGACCCUUUGGAGACUAAGUAUCCGUAUGUUUGUCAUGCUGAAGUGAAUGCGAUUCUCAACACAAACCAUGCAUCUGCUGCAGGACAGAAACUAUAUGUUACGAUGUUCCCAUGCAAUGAAUGUGCUAAAAUAAUUAUUCAGUCAGGAGUUUCUGAAAUCAUCUACUUUGUGGAGAAGAGGCUUCCAAAUUCUGACAAAUGUUACAUCGCUUCUCACAAACUACUGUCAAUGUCUGGUGUAAAGGUCAGGAAACAUCAGCCACAAAUGGACCAGAUCAGCAUAAAGUUUGAAGAGCCCUAAGGAGUUGCUUGAUGUUGUUACUGCAUUUGUAGCCUGUUCGUUUAGUUUCAGUGUUAUAAAGUUACAACUUGAGCUUUAGCCAUCUCGCAGGACAGCUUUUUUUAUCUGCUUAACUAUUUCUAUCAAAUUUUACUUUUAACUGGACUAUAUUUUAGGGUUAUUUUUGUGGGAAUAUUUUUUUUUAAAAAAAAAAAAAAAUAUAUUAACUACGUAUAUAUAUACAUGUAUCGACUGCAAUGUAAGCAAAUUCAGCUUUGUGCAUAUCAUAGCA